UAUCAUGGAACCGGAUGUAAUUUUCUUCCGGAUAUUUUUUAUCCAACUUGGACUGGAAGCAUGGCGGUACCGUCUGGAAGAUCAGUGGUUUUUGUGACUGGAAAUGCCAAAAAACUAGAAGAGGUUGUCCAGAUUCUGGGAGACAAGUUUCCUUAUAAGCUGAUCUCCAAGAAGCUUGACUUGCCAGAAUACCAGGGGGAGCCAGAUGACAUCUCCAUUCAGAAAUGUAAAGAAGCUGCUAAGGAGGUUGAAGGGCCAGUGAUCGUAGAAGACACCUGUCUGUGUUUCAGAGCCCUGGGUGGACUGCCUGGUCCAUACAUUAAAUGGUUCCUGGAUAAGCUGAAGCCUGAAGGGCUCCAUAAGAUGCUGGCCGGGUUCGAGGACAAGUCCGCAUGGGCGCUCUGCACCUUCGCUUACUGUGCCGGCAAAGACCAGCCUGUGCUGCUAUUCAGGGGGAAAACAGAGGGGAAGAUAGUGGAGCCCAGAGGCCCUCGUGAUUUCGGGUGGGACCCCUGCUUCCAACCGGACGGCUUCGACAAAACAUAUGCUGAGCUUCCUAAAGAAGUGAAAAACACCAUUUCUCAUCGGUAUCGCGCUCUAGCAGCGAUGUCGGAGCACUUCUGCCAACUGAACGGUGCACCAGAGACAAAGAAGACAAAGACUAGUGAUGAUUGACCACCUGUUAUUUAUUAUUAUUAUUUUUUAAUGGUCAGGAUCCGUAAUACACUGCAUUACACUUUACAAGUAGAACUGUCAAUGAAAACAUCAUGUUACUUUUUGUGGACGUGACUUUACUGUCUAUCUUUUUUACAAUUAAAUCUGUUAUACUCAUA